AUGAGCUCGGACCUCUUGUCGUUUCGAGCUUGCGGAGACGAGGGCCACUCUGGACCUCCGUUCCACAUCCGCUCCCCUUCUCCUUCACCUCAUUCGGCACCCAUGACGCUCGUGGUCAGGAUACGAUCCGGAACUUGCUCUCCAUUGGCUCGGACGCUGUCCUGGACAUGUCGUCACCCAGUCCGAGUCAGAUCCUACGCGACGGACAACGUGAGCGAGCAACCAUCACCCAUUCUCCCCACCUCCACAUCCCCGCUGACCUGCAGUCACUCCAUCGUAGCCAACUCAUGUCCACGUCUCGGUGAAAGAUCACCCUACGGACAACUGGACGAAUGUAACACCCACGAUACUGUCCAAAGUGGACCGCAACCUGCACCUCGUGCCCAACCAUCCCCUCUCAAUCCUACGCCAAAAGAUCGAAGCCCACUUUAGCUCUCUCAAACCCGUCAACACCUUGUCCCCGAUCGUGUCGGUCCGACAAAAUUUUGACGACCUCGGUUUCCCCCUCGAUCAUCCCGGUCGGUCGCUGACGGACUCGUACUACCUCAACAAGGACACCAUGUUGCGGACCCACACCUCCGCACACGAGGUCGAACUCUUUCGAAAAGGGUUGCAGAGAUUUCUGCUCACCGCGGAUGUGUACAGGAGGGACGAGAUCGAUCGAUCGCAUUACCCCGUCUUUCAUCAGGUCGAAGGGUGCAACAUCCUUUCGUCCAGGGACGAGUUGCCCCGCUUGGAGAAGGAGAAUGAAGCGAUGCGACAACACCUCGCUUCGUCCAAUAUCAUCAUCGUCGAUCCCACCAAAGAGGAUACGCCCUCGAACCCGAAACAGGCCGAAUAUACGCUCGACGAAGCACGCAUCAUGUCCGAGCACUUGAAGAAUUCGCUCAACUCGUUGGUCCUGUCGUUGUUUGGCGGGCUGAGAAAGGGUGGGGAGGAGGAACCGUUGCAAGUGAGGUGGAUCGAGGCGACGUUCCCUUGGACCGCACCGAGUUAUGAGGUCGAGGUUCUGUACGAUGGUAAAUGGUUGGAGAUUCUCGGGUGUGGUGUCGUCCGACAGCAGGCUUUGGAUCGAUCGGGUCAGUUGCAGGAUCGGAAUUUGCAUUCAGGGGCUUCGCUGUCCUCACUCGCUUAACCACUAUUGCUUUACUCGCUCUCCUUCCCUGGUCAGGCGUGCCCGAGAAGCUCGGUUGGGCGUUUGGCCUCGGUCUCGAACGUAUCGCCAUGGUGCUCUUUUCAAUCCCCGACAUCCGUCUUUUCUGGACGCAAGACGAGCGCUUCCUCUCCCAAUUCGAAAACGACCGCAUCACGACCUUCAAACCCUAUUCCAAGUAUCCGGAAUGUUACAAGGAUUUCUCAUUCUGGAUUCCUCAUCAGACCGAGGGGAAGAGGGAAGAUGGGGUCAAGGCCUGGCAUGAAAAUGAUUUUUGUGAGAUUGUCAGGGACGUUGCGGGAGAUUGGGUCGAAGGGAUACAAUUGGUGAGUCUUCCUAGGUUCUCGAGGGGCGGACUCUGGUACAGGUUCUGUAAAGGCACUGCUUUCGUUGAUGACUGAUUUCAUCGGAUGUUACUUUUAUUAGAUCGACGAGUUCGUGCAUCCCAAGACGGGGAGAAGGAGCGUGUGCUAUCGGUUGAAUUACCGCUCGAUGGAUAGGUGAGUCGCGUGAGAGAAAGGAGUUCAACUUGACUUGCUAUAGACGAAAGCCCAAAAAGUGAUGAGUCAUCCUGACCCCAAAUUUCUCAUCAAAACAAAGGUCGCUCUCGAACGAGGAGGUGAACGAGCUUCAAAGCAAGGUCGUUGAAGUGGUCGUGAGGGAGAUGGGCAUCGAGGUGCGGUAG